AUGACGCAGGUCCCCGGGUCCUCGAACCUUCCCAACCCAGAUCCCACCGACGAGCACACAAAAGCUUCAACAAAAGCAUCCGCCGAGCUCCACAAACAAUGCAUGGACCUUCUCAAUGAUCUGAACUCCUUCCAGGCGCUCUUGAAAGCAACACUCCGUAACCCGCAGCUUGUCGAGGUGCGACAGUUUCGAUCGAACGUGAGCGCCGAGAUGAAAAUGCUCCAAAAGCUGGAAGAGCGGAUUCGGAGCCAAAUCCAGAAAUCAAAAUCAAAAGCAGAAGCGGAAGCGGAAGUGGAAGCAGAAAAUGAUGAGGGUCCAGAACAACCGACUGAGGUAUUGGGGUCGGAGUCGGGUAUAGAUGCUGAUGUUGAGAUGCGGUUGAUGCAUGCACUGCGAUCAACGAAUAUGCCGUUUUACCAAGCUGUGUGGGGAAUUGCGUCAAGUUCUUGUGAGGGACUUCUUGCGCUUGGGAAGCGAUUUUAUUGGGACGGGGAGACGAAGGCGCCUUGGAAGACAGCUGUGGGUGGUGGGAACGGGAAGGAGACGAACAAGGAUAAACGCAAAAGUGUAUUUGUGGAUAUUGUGGCCGGUGAUGGGAUGGAGUGGGUGAAAGUUUCGACCAUUUCGGAGAGCAGAUUACUCUUUGAGAUGGCGAAGAAAGGCUGGGAGGCCGAUAGUGAGGAUGAGUUCUCGGAUUCGGGGAGUGAGCCGGCGCAAAGGACUGUACUGCGGAACUUUGAUGUGGAGGACCCAGGCGAGGAUGAUGAUGAUGAUGAUGAUGAUGAUGACCUGGAGCUGAUCAAGUUGGCUCGGGAUUUGAGGAGAGCCGCUGAUGCUGCGCGGCUGAGGUACAAACAUCCUCGACUACGAGUUGUUCUGCCAAAAAUUGAGGAAGGGAAUGUUCCUGAAAUUGAUGAUGUUCUGGCUGAGAUGCGGAGUUAUGGUAUUCAAGUUGAGUGUCAGGAGACUCUGUCAGCUAAGAUUGGCGCUACGGAUCUCACUCGACUACUACCUCAGCCAUUCAAGCAUUUCACCUCUACUCUGAAUGUUGAUUGCACCCUCCUACUUGCAAUAGUGUCAGAUUUGUCUCAUAUCAAGGACAUUCCUGUUCUGCCUAGUUUCCACAAGGCUAUCGUUCGGCAAAUAGAGGUUGACAAAAAAAUGCCCUUGCUCCCAAGUGAGCUCUGGCCAGCCAUGGGCUCCCGUGAGCUGGUUUGUACCAGUGAGGCAGCCACGCGGAUGAUUGAAAUUGUGAACCUCCUCGGCACUGACACAGAAAAAACUCGCAUGAGGAUCGUGAUGGGACAGUCUGAGGAUGGAGACUGCCAGUCACUCAUCAGACAGUUCCAAGCCAUGUCUGACCAUCAUGUACCCGAGGACUGGAAACUCCCUAUAAAGGUGGUCGAUGCACAGCCAGUGAUCAAUGCUUGUUUGGCCGAGGGCAAGCUCCCGCCAGUCGUCGAUCAGGUUGCGGAGGGCUUGUCGGACAUCAAUUAUAGUGUUUUCAUGUACGGGUGGGUCACCGGUAUAACGACCAUCACCAGCAACCGCACAAUCGAUAGGCAGAUCGAGGCUACAAUUGAAAAGAACCGAGGAACUGAUGAUAGUCUUGAGGGUCCCGUGGUUUGGGUAUGUGAUACAUCGAGAAGCUUGGUUGGAAAAGACAGGGAUCGCAAGGAUUAG